GUUUAUAAAAAUGAUGACAUGCCACUGCAAGCCACAGAUGGGACACUGACUGCGGACUGAUAGGAACACCACCAGGAGAAGAUCAGCACCAUCACCUCAUCAUGGGUAACUGUUGGCAGUCUCUGGGCCCCCAGAAGAACACCAAUAUACGUUUGAGUCUGCCAGCCGUCUGCUUUGUCUGGCAGAUUGCUAUGAUCAUCCUGUUUGGGGUUUUCAUCCGCUAUGACAAGGAAUCGGACGCACACUGGGCAGAGCACAAGAAGGCUGAGAACCUCACAGAUAUUGAUAAUGAAUUCUACUUCAGAUAUCCCAGCUUCCAGGAUGUCCAUGUCAUGAUCUUUGUUGGAUUUGGUUUCCUCAUGACCUUUCUGAAACGCUACAGCUACAGCGGCGUGGGCUUUAACUUCCUGAUCGCCUCCUUCGGCCUGCAGUGGGCUCUUCUCAUGCAGGGCUGGUUCCACUCCCUUGAUCUGACCACCGGAAAAAUCUACAUCGGGGUUGAGAACCUCAUCAAUGCAGACUUCUGCUGCGCUGCCUCUUUGAUCGCCUUCGGUGCCCUGCUGGGUAAAGUUAGCCCCGUCCAGCUCAUGGUUGUCACCUUAUUUGGUGUCACCCUGUUUGCUGUGGAAGAACACAUCAUCCUACAUUUCCUUCAUUGCAAAGAUGCUGGUGGAUCCAUGGUCAUCCACUGCUUCGGAGGUUAUUAUGGACUGGCCAUCUCCUGGGUGCUCUACCGACCAAACUUACACCAAAGUAAACGCCUCCAAGGGUCAAACUACCACUCAGAUCUGUUUGCAAUGAUUGGUACACUGUUCCUGUGGAUGUUCUGGCCAAGUUUCAACUCAGCCAUCACGGACCACGGCGACGGGCAGCACAGAGCAGUGAUCAACACCUACCUGGCCCUGGCCUCCUCCGUUCUCACUGCUUAUGCCAUGUCCAGCAUGUUUCAGAAAAGAGGAAAAUUGGAUAUGGUGCAUAUCCAGAAUGCCUCUCUGGCAGGUGCUGUGGCAAUGGGAACGGCAGCAGAGUUCAUGAUCUCUCCGUACGGGUCGCUCAUUGUGGGCUUCUUCAUGGGCAUCAUCUCCACCUUCGGCUAUUUGUUUGUCACACCCUUUUUGGAGAGAUCUCUUAAACUCCAGGACACAUGUGGUGUUCACAAUCUACAUGCAGUCCCAGGGAUGCUUGGUGGUUUCAUAGGGGCUAUUGUUGCUGCAACAGCUACUGAGGAAGUCUACAGUAAAGAAGGGCUCAUACAAGUAUUUGAUAAGGAGGGCAAAUAUGCAGACAGAUCAAUGGGAACGCAGGGAGGCUAUCAAGCUGCUGGAACAUGUGUGUCAAUCGCAUUUGGACUUAUUGGAGGAGCCAUUGUUGGGUUAAUCCUGAAGAUUCCUAUCUGGGGUGACACUGCUGAUGACCAUUGCUUCAAUGAUGAGGCUUACUGGGAGCUUCCUGAGGAAGAAGAGGAGACCCUUUCUCCUGUUUUGGAGUACAACAACCACAUGAGUCACAAAGGCCAAGACAUAACUGAGUCCAGCUUUACUGUGGAGCAGUUUUAGAGUCAAGCUGUUGGCCACCGGACCCUAAAUUUGGAUUUGAAUAUAAUGCAGCUGUUCAGCAACAUUAAUUUGUGAAGGUUACAAUACAAGUGUCAGGAUCUUAUUAUGGGAAACAAAAAUAUUAAGUAUCCUUUCAUUGAGGAAGAAAUGCCACAAAUUGGUGUUGUGACAAUGACUCUUAAUUCAGCCUAGAUUAUGUGAAGUUGGGUGUGUUUAUGUUCUAUAAGCUAUAAGUAUUUCAGUCUAAUGUAAUUCCUGCUCUAUAUUCCUUAUUUAAUGCCAUUUAACUUGUUAAUUUCACUCAGUGAAAACCUCUUUCAGCUGAAAAAUCUAUUAAGAUUGGUUAUUUUGUUUAAUGCGGGUAAACAGAAGGUGAUCAAGAUCGAAAAGUGUUUGUGCCGUCAAAUAUGACAGGUUUAUCACUCGCUGUUUGUUUGCAACAUAACUAAUUCUUACAGAGUAACUAUGACACAACCUCCUGCAGUUUCAUUGCUGCACUGUUGACUGUUAUCUCCAGUAGCCAAAGAAAGUGCAUCACCAGUAAAACUCACAUUUCCAAACAUCUGUAGCAAAGGUAUGCUGCUUAGAUGACUGGCUCUCAAGAACAGGAUUGUCCUAAGAUAUCUAUGAACAAAAAUGUGACUAAUUUCUGACAGCUACUGUUUAAAUAUUUACAUGAAGUUACUAAACCCGUUUAUAAAAGUUUAUGAGACAGCAAUGGUUCAAAACUGUGUGUUUGACUGGAAAAUAAAAAGUUUACUCAGUGAAACCUCAUCACCAAUACACCUCAGAGGCAUAUAAAAUAAUAUGCCAAACAUAUAUUCAUGCAUUAUACAGUUACAGUUUCAGAGGUUAUUUCUCCUGUUGAUGUAUUAUAGUUCCAGAUUUAAAAAAAUGAAAUUGUAAUUACCUUUAAUAAAAACAGAAAUACAAACAUGUGAAA